AUGAGUGUCUACCUGGCCAAGGCCAAGAAGUUGUUGGAUGAUUUCAUUGGUUAUGAAAUCAUUCAAAUUCCUUGGCUCGAGAAUGCGAAAGCUGACUCUCUUGCUCGAUUGGCAUCUUCUUUCGAUAUCGACCUAGGGAGAUCCAUCCCGGUGGAAUUCUUGGAGAAACCUAGCAUAGAGGAAGAUCGCGUGGGUGUGUCAUCCCGAUAUCUGAUCAUCAACAACAAGUUGUAUAAAAGAGGUUUCUCUUUGCCAUACCUGCGAUGCCUGACACCAGAUGAGGCUAACUAUGCACUUCGUGAAAUCCACGAAGGUGUUUGUGGAAAUCACUCAAGCACUCGAUCUCUUACCCACAAAGCCCUUAGACAAGGAUAUUAUUGGCUAACACUCCAAGCUGAUGCUAAGACGAUUGCUCAAACCUGUCUUAAGUGCCAAGAAUAUGCGGUGGUUCCCCAUCAACCACCAGAGAAUUUGACUUCAAUUAGUAGUCCUUGGCCCUUUGCUCAAUGGGGAAUUGACCUAAUUGGCCCUAUGCCAAAGGGAAAAGGUCAGACCAAGUUUGCAAUUGCUGUAGUGGACUAUUUCACCAAAUGGGCUGAGGCUGAACCCCUAGCUACAAUAAUGUUGGUCUGUCGCGAAUCUCGCGGCCUGGUGCUCCGGGCCGAGGGGAUGUGCGUCAACACGUGA